UACUGUGCGCGCGCUGUCUGUGGUGCUGAAGCUGCGCGUGCCUCGGAUGCUGCUGCCAUAGAAAUUCAUCCUCCUUUCGCGAGACAAGCAGCGCGAGGAAUAAGGGGUUAUUGAGUCACCGCGGUUGUAAAACUGGUGGUUAAAUUCAGGAUGUUUGUACCCGCCGCUCUUCACGUUUUGUUCAUUCAUUUGUAGCCUUUAUUUUUCCCUUUACACCAGUUUUUAAGAGUCGUUCCUGACUGAGACGUCGUCUCUCCGUUGCCGCCGCCUCUCCAAACCGCCUGCUCCGCUCCAUUCAUCCUUUAUGCACAGCACUCUGCUCCAGUCCUCCCCGUCGAAACACACCUUCGUGUCCGAUCGCCAUGGGCCACUCCAGCCGCUUUCAGUGAGAGACAUGGAGGCAAAGCAGCACCCGAUCAAGAGCCUAAAAAGCUUCCCGGACACUGGCGGCAGGAGUCUGGCAGCAGCCGCCGGAGGAGACGGAGGAGGAGGAGGCGGCGUCGGUGGUGGUGGUGGUGGAGGACAUCGAGCCGGCUCUGCAGAGAUGGAGAUGGAGGCGAAGAUCCAGAAAGCUAUCGACUUCAAGUCGGAGGGAAAUCGCUGCUACAAGGAGAAGAAAUUUCGGGAAGCGAUAGGCAAGUACCACCGUGCGCUGCUGCAACUGAAAGGCGUUCAUGUUGUCGACGGAACCACGGGCUCCGAGGUGAACCUGCUGAACCAAGCCGCGGCCAAGCUGACCGAGGACCAGCGGAGGUCCGUGGAGAGCACCGAGAUCGAGUGCUACGACAGCCUGACAGCGUGUCUGUUGCAGUCCGAGCUCGUCAACUACGAGCGGGUGAAGGAGUACUGUUUGAAGGUGCUGAGCCACCAGAGAGACCACUUCAAGGCCAUGUACCGAGCCGGCAUUGCCUUCUAUCACCUGGGUGACUACGAAUGUGCUCUACGUUAUCUGCGUGAUGCCAAGAACCGUGAACCCACAGACACCAACGUGCUGCGGUACAUCCAGCUGACAGAGAUGAAGAUGAGCAAGAGUGGACAGAGGGAAAGAGAGAGCAGCAAGGAGACCCUGGGCUAACCCUCGACCUUUUCCGCCUCCUGACCCUUUCACCUUUGACCCUACGAGCAGUCCCACAUCGACCCUCUUCCUCCUCCUCCUCCUCCCCCUCUCCACCUCUUCCAUCAACUCCGGACAGCAGCACAGACACAAGUGACAGACCCAAUCACCUGCCACCGAUGGACAAAAGCGGGAGACAUAUCAAGAGCUGUCUGCAACCCUUCUCCCUCAUCCCUCUCUUCCCCUCCACUUCUCCCUCUUUCUCCCUCAGGUGCUGUGGUUCCUCUCCCUAGAUGCAGACAAAAAAACAACAACAACAAAAAAAAACAAAGAAAAUGCUGUAUUAUACUAAUAGGAAAGUGCCGUUGCUGAGGACUGAAAAAAAGGAGCUUCAAAACCUAUGAAAAAUUGACGUUUGCGUGAUUUAUUUAACAUUUUAAAAACGUGUUAUGUUUCUGCUGUUAUUCUCUUGGAGAAUAUCAGGGUUGGGAAGCUGGACCACACUGGGAGGAGGGCAGUUCAUGAGGAAAAGCAGGGGGAUAGUGAGAGGUGUGUGUGUGUGUGGGACACAUAUGUAGACCAUAGCCCAGUUUGAUUGUACACUGGCCCUUGACCCAGACAAACUAGAAAUCUUUCAUGAACUAAAGAAAUAGCCUGCCUCCGUGCUUCAUCUAUUGCUCUUUUUGUCUCCGUUGUCUUUCCCAGAUGCUGCUGUAUGUGUCUCUCAGUUUCUGGACUGUUUGAAUCCAAGGGCUAAUUCAAAUGUUCAUAAUCUGUUAAGUGGGGUUUGUUGAAUUUACGUUCCUCGUCCAUUGUACGCAGAAGUGAGUGGUCAGGUGUGUUACUGAAGGAACUGGUGUGUGUUGAAUCUGUUUUUAGAAGCCCCUUCUGGAUCAUUCCUCCCUCCUCCCUCCCAUUUCUCAUCUCCUUUUCCCUCAAUGAUGUCACACAGUAGCCGACGGAAUCGGAGUUCCAUCAACCGCAGUUUGCUAGAUGGAGAUCCACUCUCAAGGUUCACAGCAAAAAAACAACAACAAAAAAACAAAACCAAUCUCCGACCUCUUAAGUCUAAUGCUGAAGCUUCCCAGACAUCGACAAACCCAGCGUUGGUGCAGGGAAAACAAUCACACACUCCUGCUCUAACAGUCCAAACCUCCAACACGGAGCACUCAGCUAUAGUGCACUUCAAUGAGAGUGAGCCAUUUGAGAUUUCCUCCUCCAAUCUUAGUUUACCGUAUGUUGAUGAAAUACCUGUUUGAAAGAUUGUUCCCAACACUGAGCUGUAAGGACAACACUAUAGGAAAACGCAUUAGACAUCACUGACAAUAUGGUUUGAUAUCCGCGGCUUUUGCCACCGCUUCUCUCGUGAUUUUGUGAAGCUAAACUCAUCGAUAAUGAAGAUAUUGCUUUUGGAAUGGCUUGACUGCAAGCUGCACGGUUCUGCAGAGGGUUGGACUGAUGAUUUGUGAAAGCAUGACCUGAGGUUUUUUUCCCCUUGUCUCUGAUGCCAUGAAACCUCUUUCCCACCUCCUGCAUGUGGCGUUUGGCUCCAGAGAGGUACGUCUGACGUUAAGAGGCGAUCACAUCUGCUGUAGUGCUUUCUGACAUGGCAUGCUGCCACAAAUCUAUUUGCUCAUGCCUCUAUUUUCUCCACUCUGUCCUUUUUGUAAACACAGAUAGUGGCGACGGGAUACGGUAUCAAAUGUAUGUGGACGAAGAGGGAAUCUUAAAUAGAUUAGGGUCGUCGCCCUCGGCCUCGACCAAGGAGAGCGAUAAGAAGAAAUCUAUAAAAAGAAACUGGGAGAGAAAAUCAAAGAAAGAUUUUUGCAGUGACCUGCUAAGAGGUAAAUGGGGACCUAAGUGUGUCAAUGGGACUCUGGAGAGACGGCACCAUGAGUUGAAGAGACCUGCUUGAUACGCCGUUGCUCCAGCAGAGGAAGAAGUAGGCCAUCAUCAGCCGCAGUGAGGCAGCCGCAGCUCCCACUGUGGCAGUAGAGACUCAUUGAAAAGUUUAUAUUCACUGGAACACAAACAGGUUGAAAAAUGACUUCAGUUGGAAACAACUGGGCUACUUUCAACUUAAGUUAGUAACCUCUAUGAAAACAACUAGUUUACUCUACUUCUGAAAAAACUUCAUUCAUUCAAGUGUCACUAAGUUCCUUUGAUAUUGAUUUUUAUUUUUAUUUUUCCAGUGCACCCUGGCUGUGUGGUGUGUGUGUUACACAUACAUAUACAUACUAAACAUCAUUCCCCCAAAAACUUGAGCCAUUAAUCUGCAGCCAUAGCAGCCUCCGCUCCAUGAUCCGUCCAUCCACCGUGAACUGCUUACCCGAGGUCGGGUCGCGGGUCACGAUUGAUGUCCAGUGAAAAGGUCCAGUGCAGUUCAUCAGUUCAUCAGGUGAGGUUGAUCCACACCAACCUUAAUUAAACUGUGCGUUUAUGAAGUCACACACCACUGGCGCCCUUUGUUCGUGUGUGCUAUACAUUUCACUGUCCACAUAGUUUUAAGCCAUAGAAUAUAUCACUGUCACGAGAUCCGUCUCAUUAAAUACAUAUAUAUGUUCUGAAAGGACGAUUGUGACAUUAAUUCACUUUACUGCAGAGAGAAUAUGUCUGUGACUGAGCAGAUGCAGCACAAGGAAAUCAAGUUAACAUGUUAGAACUUUGAUCUGUACAAAGAAACUGAGGCACAAGAGAAAAACACUUCAACAUUCUACAUGUUGGCUCCAACUACUCACUACAAACCUCCCCUCUAAAUUAGUUUUGCUAACUAGCAGAAUUUGUAAUAGUUAACCUGGUGUAAAGCCAAAGUAACAUGGCGUGCCUCGGCUCUCUCCGGCUUUGUUUCCCCCCGAGGAGAGAAAAAGUCAACAAACAACAGUGAGGCCUGGCACCUGCAGGCUCGGCCACCAUGGCUGCUCACCCACACUGGCCCCUCGGGGACAGGUCUCCUCCCAUGGUCCUCUCUCCAUGGCACCCGUCCGCCAUCUUGUUUUUUGUCUCACUGUGCUCCGUCAUCCUAGCUCCAUGUGCACUACAGUACGACCGUCUCCAGACGUCCAGCAGAACAAAACGCAGGUUCAUUUCUGGCUGAACAUUGGCGUUUUGUUUUUUUUUAUUAUUAUUUUUUGAAAGCUGAGUGAACAACAGGCUGUUGUUAGUGGGAGUGUUGUCUGGCAACACGCACAUACAGAGACACCUGGAUCUCUAUGUUGGUGUCGCUUUGAAAACAAACAACAAAAAGCACAACAAAACUGAAACAGAGAAGUAGAACUACUGGCUGUUUUUUUUGUUAUUUAUUUCUUUUUGCUCUUUUUACUUUGAUGUCAGUUGAGGUAAAUGUUUGUCAAAUGUCAAAAGUAGUUUUUUGUGAAUAUAUGAUAGAGAUGUACAAAAAAAAAUAAAAAUGGAAAGUUUUAUGGUUGUGAAAAGCUUUACUGAAUGACUUUAUCCACAGAAAAGAAAGCGAGAAAUAGAGAAGAGAAUUUAAUCCGGCUCCUCCACAGAGCGGCUUUGUGACUGUGUCUGUAUCUGUCGCUCAUUUCUGUUGGCGAUCCACAAUCUACUCAGAGUCUGUGCAAUGCCCUUUGAACUUUUCUUCAUCGGAAUGACCCCAUGCCUCUGUUUCUGCACAGUAAGGUGACCGGUGACACAAGAGCGGACCAGAACUCUGCGGAACUGGUACCAGAGCACAAAAGCUGCUCCUCACAGCCACACACACCUCCAUCCUGUCUGUCUGUGUGUUGGUGGAGACAAAUAACAAACAUGAAGCUGGGGGACACUGAGGCUAUGGCCGCGCUUUUGCCUUGCUUCGCUCCCAGGGGGCCUCAUUUUCUUUCCGUUCCAAAUCCAAACAGCCACCACGCCUGCGACGCUGGUCUUACUAAACUGCUAACCCGGGAAUGCACUGCUGAUUGGUAAAUGAAGAUCAUGAAUAAAGUUUCAAAUGAACAGCA